AUAACCAAAGCGCCAUCUGUCCAUCGGCCACUCUGACUGCGCUCCGACGCAACAGGCAUAUCGUCGCUUCAGAAGAGUGUCAGGUUUCUUCAGUGGACAAAAUGAAUGUACAGUUAUCCAUAACGUUUUAAUAGUUUUGAUUUAGUUGUGAUAUUGCCGUGCGUAAAGAUGGAAAACUCGACCACAGUAGCGAACCAGACUUUGGGCGAAUGGACUGACACCAGCAUCCAAUACAAAGUGGUCAGUACUUUUUUACUCUUCCUCAUCUGCGCUUUGGGGAUGGUCGGAAACGUGAUGGUGAUCCUGGUUGUGUUGACCACGAAGCACAUGCGGACCCCCACGAACUGUUACUUGGUUAGUUUGGCCGUGGCGGAUCUGAUGGUUCUUAUAGCGGCAGGUUUACCCGCGAUACCCGACAGCAUCUUCGCUUCGUGGGUGUUCGGACACUACGGCUGCCUGUGCAUCACAUACUUUCAGUACCUCGGCAUCAACGCGUCCUCCUGCUCCAUCACUGCGUUCACAAUAGAGAGAUACAUCGCCAUCUGCCACCCGAUCAAAGCCCAAUUUCUCUGCACUCUUUCUAGAGCUAAAAAGAUUAUUGUGGCCGUCUGGGUUUUCACAUCCCUCUACUGCGUAAUGUGGUUCUACCUGUCAGACAUACAGGAGCUGGUUUACGACAAUGCCAUCAUUAAAACUUGCGGCUACAGAGUUUCCAGGAAGUAUUAUUUGCCAAUUUACUUCUUCGACUUCGGCGUCUUCUUCGUGUUGCCUUUACUACUGUCCGCGGUGCUGUACGGACUCAUUGCCAGGAUCCUGUUCUUGAAUCCGUUACCGUCGAACUCAAAGGACAAGAAGAAGAAGAACGGACAAGCCAACAACCACGCUGCCAACAACAACACGAGCUGCAAGAACUCGCGCCACUCCAGCUCCACCGCGACCUCCCGCAGACAGGUAACCAAGAUGCUAGCUGUGGUCGUGAUCCUGUUCGCGAUGCUCUGGAUGCCCUACCGCACUCUAGUAGUGGUCAACUCCUUUUUAGACAAGCCCUAUUUGGACAACUGGUUUCUACUUUUCUGUCGGGUUUGCAUUUAUCUCAACAGCGCCAUCAACCCGGUCAUCUACAACGCCAUGUCACAAAAGUUUCGCGCCGCCUUCCGAAAGAUUUGCGGCUGCGGUAGGAAAGGGUCUGACAAACCAGCCGCCUACAGUGUCGCUCUAACAUAUAGCGCUGUUAAGGAGAGUUCAAUGGUAGAAAGCACGGAUCACUACACAACUGAAUUAGAGGAGCUAACAGUUAACGAUGAACUGCUAGCCGAUCAGAAAAUGUUGUAUCCAGACACUUGUAUUUACGGUAGGGCUGACUUCAACAGCGCUUGAAAAUCAGUGUUGGUUUUAAUAGAUGUUUUGAAUAGAAAUCAAACAGUUUGAGUGACUGUUGACAUUUAAGACACCUACCACAUGUAAACACUAUUACUGACAAUAGUGUGGAAAGGCAAACAUAGUUAAACGUAAUGAUCUUAGACAAUAUUGAACAAGUACAGAUAGCGUUUAGCUGGAUAGUGCACGAUUGGCUAUGUCUGAUAGCUUAACCUUUACAAAUAAUGGAAAUUUAUGUGUUUAAGUGGCUAUGACAUCUAGAUAAUAACAUGUUUUGGAGCUGUAUUGCUGGGUUAUCCUGUUUAGCCUGACGUGAACCAUAUUGUGAAGUAACAGAGAAAAUAGCACACCAGGUAUUACAGUGGUAAGGAUACAGUAUAGUGGCAAGACAUGAGUUGAACCAGUGACUAUGUAGUUCAGGGGUAAUUGCUCUACCUGUUGAGCCACAAAGUACUAUAUUGCAUCACACAGGUUGACAGUUGAUCUGUGUGAGUACUGUUGAGUGGGUGUUAUGAUGAUAUAUUCAGAUAUUCAGGUAAUAAGUUGGGAUUAAAAAAAUAAAUUAAAUUAAAUUAAAAUAAAAUAAAUAAAUGGGUGUUUCAAAUGCUGUAAAGAACCAACAUUGAAACAGGGAUUUGGAUAUCUAUCGCACAUUUGAUUUAUUGUUUUCAUUUUUACUAGGCUACCUCUCAUUGUUGAAAAGAUGAACUGACUUGCACCAAACAUAAACCCACAAUAUACAACAGAAGGACAGAAGAUGAAACUUGUAUUCCACAGUUUGGGUUGAGACCACGUACUCACAGCUUUGUCAACUGUACAAAUGCAGUGAAGGCUUUAAUCUUUGUAGAAAAUUAGACCUAGUUCUAAGAAACGCAAACAAAUAUAUAAAUAUUUAAGAUUUACUGUACAUUGGAUGAUUCAUUCUCUGUUGACUAAUGUCACAGCGGCCAUUAGGGGCACCACCUCAAAAAGACAUAAAAGCUCUGUAUUCUGGUGGGACAGAAAAGCUAACUCAAGUUAGACUUUAUUCUGAGUUUUGUUUUCAUACAAUCUGACAAAACAGAACUGACUUAGCUGCAACUACAACAGGUGAGCUGAUUUGUGCUGUGCUGCAUUAAACAAGUCACUCUCAGAUUACAUGGUCAAAGAUAGCAUUAGCAAAUGUCACUGAAACCUUUCAGUAGUUUAGAAAACAAUGAGUUUUUUAAUUCCAAAUAAAAUAUAGUACCCUAAACAAUCUCCACCGGCAGACACUUCCAAUAACUUAAACACUCCUUUUGUUAGUUAGACUAGAUUGAUGAACUGCCUUGCCUAGGGACACAAUAACAAAGUUGAAGCUGGGAUUAAACCUUGGAUCUUUUUAAUAAAGGGGUCUACAUUCAAUCCUCUGU